GCGCCUCCACAGAAGCUCCGACUCGGAGCAGCAGAAGCAGAGAUGAGUCGGUGUCCGGAGCGGGGCCGCCCGCCKAGGGGCGGCUGGUGGCGGCUCGCGGUGCUCCUGGUGUCCGUGUCCUCCCUGCCCGCGGUCACGGCCCUGCUGGAGGGUCUGUACUGCGGCACGGAGGUCUGCUACGACGUGCUCGGCGUCACCAGGGAGGCCUCCAAGGCGGAGAUCGCCCGGGCUUACCGGCAGCUGGCCCGCCGGUACCACCCGGACCGCUACCGGCCCGAGGAGCCCGGAGACGAGGUGUCCGCCGAGAAGUUCCUGCUCAUCGCCACCGCCUACGAGACGUUAAAGGACGAGGACUCGCGGCGGGACUACGACUACAUGCUGGACCACCCUGAGGAGUACUACCAGCACUACUACGCCUACUACCGCAGACGGCUCGCCCCCAAGGUCGACGUCAGGAUCGUCAUCCUCGUCACCAUCUGUGCCAUCUCCAUCGUCCAGUACUACAGCUGGUUCAACAGCUACAACAAGGCCAUCAACUUCCUGGUUACRGUCCCCAAGUACCGAAUCCAGGCCACGGAGAUCGCCAAGCAGCAGGGCCUCCUCAACCGCCCCAAGGAGAAGGGCAAGAACCGGCGCACCAAGGAGGAGAUCCGGGAGCAGGAGGAGGAGGUGAUCCGCGACAUCAUCAAGAACAAAAUAGACAUUAAAGGAGGCUACAAGAAGCCCAAGGUCUCAGACAUCCUGCUGUGUCAGAUCGUCCUCUUCCCCUACUACCUGACCCGGUACCUGGCCUGGUACGCCUCCUGGGUCUACCGCUUCACCGUCUGCAGGGAGGAGUACGGAGACGAGGAGAAGCUCUACAUCAUCAGGAGGUUCAUGAAGAUGUCGCAGGCUCAGUUCGAUGAUCUGGAUGAGGACACCAAACGGACCUUCCUGGAGAAACGGAUCUGGAUCAAAGARAACUACGAGGUUUACAGAAAAGAGCGGGAAGAGGAGAUGAAGCUGAAAAUGGCGACGGACUCGAAGAUGAAGAGGUACCGCCGCUGGAUGAAGAACGAGGGGCCGGGCAGGCUGACGUUYGCAGACGACUGACUGACGCCCCGCCCCAUCCCGCCAUGCCCCGCCCACAACGAUCACGAGUGCCUCAGCGCCGACCCAAACGGACAGAACUUCCUGUUGGUGUUCAGAGAUGAAAAAAAGAUAUUUUCUUAAAAAUCCGGCGUCAGACAGGAAGUGACUGAGUGGAAGAUAUUUGAGUUACCUUUUUAUUAAUUUUUUUUCCAAACAACCAAAAAUAUUAAGUGUUUUUCAGCUUCAGUGAAGUUUUCAGAUGAUUCAGUUUUUCUUUUUCUGCUCAAACAAACAGAUGAAUAAAUGAGUUUUUCUGUAAAACUGAUCUGAGAGCAGCUCCAUGACCACGAAUGACUGGUUUAAAGAUUACCUGYGGAACGCCGCUGAGGUUUUCGCUGACUCAUCAUAUAAAGAGGAACAUGAAACGGCUGUUCGAUCUUCAGCCACUUCUGGUUUCCCAGAGUUGUGGGUUCUUUGUGUCUCACUGGACCGAAACACUCGAUUUCUAACUGAAACAAUCAGGAAUUAUUAAAAACAUUUACACUUUUUAAAA